AACUCCUUUCUUUUGAGAGCUUUCACAUCAUUUGGAUUUCCAAGGAAAAAAUUGUGCAUGAUCCUGAUUGCUACACCAAAAUCUUGUUGAACAAGGAAUUGCAUCUGAUCUCCUGCAAAUAAUGAUAUCCACCAAUCUCUGAGUACUCUAGUGAAUCUGGACACAAACUCAAUGAUAAUAUCAUAGUUGCUUUCCCUUGUUAGCUUUUGAGUUUCCAUCCAAGAAUGGAAUUCCUGUAAUCUUUGAGACCAUUUAGAUACAGGAAUAUCAUCAAUAGUAAAUGUGUAUUUUCCUCCAGUGGUGGUAAAGGGUUGUCUCCCUGUAGAACUUUCUGCUUCCAUAGGAUUGUCAGAAUCUGAAGUGUCUGACUUAACCUCAGGUUGAUUUGUUGCAGCCAUAUUCACACCCUAUGAUGAGGAGGAGAGAGGGGAACAUCAAUCCUUGAGAAGGUGUUGUAUCUCUUUUGAUCGAAGCGAAGAUAGAAGGUUGAGGUUUUGGUGUAGCAGUUACUAUGGGAGAUUUUCACUCGUGUUACUAUGGGGAAGUUCAAGGCGCUGUUGUGGACCACCACCAGGUCGGAGAAGAAGGGGAGGGGAGGGUGGCGCAUGGGACACAAUCGUUCAUUGGGAUUAACCGACGGGUGGGCAAAUUUUCUUUAAAGUCACAAUGGCGGAUCCACAAUUAUAGUCUAAUCCCUCGCCCCGCCCCGCUUUUUUUAACAGUCCGAUCUAAUGAAUAGACAACGCCAACUUCAACCUUCUCACUCUCACUUCGCUCCCAAACAAAAAAUAAAAUAAAAUUGCUUGGCCUCGUUUUAUUUUCCACCACUGGAUUGCUUCUUCUUUGGAUUAAUUUUUAAAAAAGAUUUUGAUAUUUUGUUGAAGAAGGAACAGAUUAGGUGAUUGCUUUUGGUUAUUUGUUCUCGAUCUGAGAGAUCGGCGAGCUUUUCAAGGUUUACGUCGCUUUCUUCAACCUGCAUUGGUUUCGUUUCUUCUGGUGAAAUAAUGAACGAUCAGAUUCAAAGCACCUUGGUUGAAGCAGUCUCUCAAGAGCAAGCCAACAAAAGAGUACAUGUCAAACCUGCCGGGUUACCUACAGCGGGUAGACAGUUCAGAUAACCUUCAAGAGAAGGCAUUGAAUGUCGGUGUUCUGGAUUGGGCACGUCUAGAAAAAUGGCAGUACCACCAAAAGUUUAUCCCAACAACAGCUGGAAAUGAUGUAUCGAAAACCAAUGCCCAAAUCUUCUGCUUUCUAAUGAUGUUCCCAAGGUUACCUCUGCCAAUAAAGGUAUGCAACACUCCUUAACUUGUUCAAGUCUUACCCCAUCUCAAAAGGAUGACAUUCCUCAACAACAAAACCAUCUAUUCCAAAGUUAGGCACUAUCAAGAUAUUGAAACUGCUUCCAAGAGCACCUUGGAUCGGCAGAAGAAGACAUCCAAGACAUAUAAAUCCUCUGACAAAAUUAAUUCAGAAGCAAAUCUUCAGAAGGGGAAGAGAAAAGAAUUAGAUCAGAAAAUCACUUCAGAAAUGGGUAAUAUGCCGUCAAACAUGAGAAAUCAUGGAGUCUCACCUCUGCCAAAGGAAAAUGCAAGUGUUUGUGAUGGUCGAGCAAAAAAAAGAGUAGAGCAAAGGCAGAAAACUGAUGUAAAUAAGAAGGAUUUGGAUGAUAAUACUACUUCAGAUAUGGAGGCUUCUUCAUCCAGAUCAAGAAACAAUGCAGUUUCACUGGGUUCCAGCAAAAUGCUCGGUGCUGAAAGCAACAAAACUAAGAACAAAGAUGCUGUGGAAUCUGAACAUGAUCUUCUUCCAACUUCUGCCCGAAACAACUUUUUUGAAGAAACCUACGAUGUGACUUUGAAUGGAGCAAAACAUAAUAGCUCUUCCUAUGACCUGCUUCAGAAGGAUCAUUUUCUUCUGAAACUGACAUGAUGGAACAGAGUCUGGAUCUUUCGUCUGCGACCUGUGGUGUAACAACCCGAA